AUGUCCGACUCUGUGCGACCGCACAGACGGCAGCCCAUCAGGCUCCCUCAUCCCUGGGAUUCUCCAGGCAAGAACACUGGAGUGGGUUGCCAUUUCCUUCUCCAGUGCAUGAAAGUGAAAAGUGAAAGUGAAGUCACUCAGUUGUGUCCGACUCUUAGCAACCCCAUGGACUGCAGCCCACCAGGAUCCUCUGUCCAUGGGAUUUUCCAGGCAAGAGUACUGGAGUGGGGUGCCAUUGCCUUCUCCGGAAAAAUUUGUUACAUUGUCCUUAUUUUUCUCAUUUUUGCUUUGGAUCUUUUAAAAACUUUUUAG